GGAUAGAAACAAACAACAACAAAAUCAAAUCAAAUUAUUCUCUCGUGAAUUUUCCUUUCUCUCUCUUCUGUUUGGACGCCAUUUCUAUCUUUUCUCUCUCCUCCAUUCUGCAAUCCGAAUCCUACUACCGAUUUAACACUUCAAACACCUGACCCGUUUCUUUUCACGAGCGUAGCCAUUGAAGGACAAGGAAUGUCGAAGAAGAAAGCUUUCAGUGGCAACACCAUGACUCUCAAAGACUUUCAUGGCGGUUCUAUUCCUUCCGAUAUUUCUCUUCCUUCUGCUCCUGGCGUGAUUGUGAGACCGAGUGAUCGUUCAACUUUCGAUCGUCAAAAUGUUUGGGGGAACUCAAUGGGGGCGGGUCGAUCUGAUCAUCGAUUGCGUCCGAGUUCUUCAGGUUCUAUGAGGAAUUUGGGUGAUAAUAAGACUCCUUUUCUUACUAAUACUGUUAAUAUAGGUAGAAAUUUCGAUGAGGAUGAGAGGAAGCCACUUGAUGGUGGUGGACCUUCUGCGCCUCGUAGGACUGUCAGUGAUGAGAGUUUCGGGAGUUCAGUUGUCCGGUCGGAGACUCGAGUGGAUGUAGGGAAGGUUUUAGUGCAAUCGAGUUUGAGGCCAGUGAGUCCCCAGGUUGUGGGUGUUAAUGGGAAUUCUUACUCGGCUAGAGUUGCAGACGGAAGUCAGACGGGCGUGGGUGUGGGUUCAGGUGUAGGGGGGAGCGUGAGUUCUCGGCCUAAUGCCUGGGGUGUGAGGAAAGAGGUGCGUGGAAUGGGUGAGCUGGAGUCUUCUAUGUGGUGUGGGCAGAAUACAGUUUCUAAAUUUGAGCAGGCGAGUGCAUUGGAUAAGAUUUCUUCAGGUAGAUGGCAAACUAAGUCUGUGCAGAAUCAUUUGGAGGUAGGGGCUAUUAUGCCGUUGGAUUCGCCUAAUAGUUUGUAUAGGAGAGAGAAUGACUCUUACGAGGGUAAUGUGAAUUCUACAAGCGAAAGAGAAUACUGUGAGACUACAUUGGCAAGGCAUGUGGAAAGGGGUCUCAGAAUUGAAGAAAGGAGUCAAGGAGAUUUUAAGGAGAUUCUAGGUGUUGAGAGAGUCCAUUCUCCAGUUCAGAAUUCUGUAAUGUUUACUAAUGAGGGUCAACCAGCUUACCCUGAUUCAAGAUUUGGGGUUUCUGAGUUGUCACAGCCUCCAGAAGUGAAUGGAAGGCCUAAGUUGAAGCUGCUUCCAAGAACAAAGCCGCUAGAUGUCCAAGAAUCUAUUGUUGUUGAUCAUAGGAAGCGUUCCCUACAACCCAUUGAUACUGGUCACUCAGAAGCUGGAAGCAUCCAUGGACGUGCAAGUCAUGUGUUAGCUAGACCAAGCAGCACUGAAACAAGUCAUAGGAAACCUGGGGCAAGUGGUGUUGAAGAAGAGCAACAGGUUGUGGAGCGUCCAAAGUUGAUUUUAAAGCCCCGUUCACAGCCUGUUGACUAUUCAGAUGAAAGCACCGAAAAAGAAAGGAGGGCAUUGUUUGGCGGUGCUCGACCACGGGAAAUGGUUUUGAAGGAGCGAGGUGUUGAUGAUGUCACCGGCCAUGAUGAAGCACAAGAUCCAAGCCGGACAAAAAAUACUGCGCUUCAUAGUGAAGUAGUACCCGCUCAUGCAAAUGCCUCAAGCCAGGGUGAUAGGCUUGAUAAUCUAUCUAUUGAUCAGAGGACGGGAAGAGGCCAUGAGAAGAGAGACCAAAGAGCAGAUGUCCAGAGAGCUGAUUCGCAGAGAAAGAAUUGGCGUAAUGAUAACCGGAGAGGUGGCCGAGACACGGAGAAGCACCAACAGGAGAGGCAACCAUCACCAGAGACAUGGCGCAAACCUAUUGAGCAGCCAAAAUCCGACAAUUCUGGAUUGCGUUUUGGCAAGGCUGUUUCUGCUGUUGAUCUUGUACAAGCCUUUUCAAAAUCAGCAUCAAGCCCUAAACCUGUCGAUCAAUUUCCUGGUCAAAAAGGACUUCCUGGCCAAAAGGGUCUUCCUGCCCGUUCGCAGAUACCUUUCUCUAGGCUUACUGGAACUACAUCCAGGCCUCAGAUCAAUGGUUACUGAUAUUUCAAGGCAUCAUCUUAAUAUUCAGGAUCCAUGAAAAUGAGUUGCGAUGGAACAAGAGCUUGGGCACUGUUCCGCGCCUGAAACUUGGCGGAAAAUAAGAGUUCGGGUUUCAACCAUCUUUUGCUUUUUUCCUCAGAUUUUUUAUUCCUGAUCUGCUCAUCUGUUAAUCAUAUCCAGUAUGUGGUAGCUGUUUCGGACCUAAUGUCCACUGUUAGGCUAGAAACCAAUGAGUAGUUGUCAGCAAAUCAAAGCAACAUGAUUCUUUGAUAUUGUGGCUGAUACCCAUUUGAUGAUAUGAAUGAUAUUGGUUCAUUAGUGUUUCAGAUGAUUGCUUGUGGGGUUUUGAGUCCUGCCUUAGAGCAUGUCCCUAAAAUGUAUUUGAUGAUUUCAAAGGUAUGGAGAUCAAAUUAAAGGUUGCUAACAAAAUUAAAGGCAAAUCAGCCUAGUUUAUAGUCA